AUGGCUGUAUCUCAAGGAGCGAAUAUCGUGGAAAAGAUUGUCGGUCAUGGAGAUGAUGCGACCAUAACCACUGAUGUGAGCAAAUAUGACAACGAGUUUGGAAAGGAGAGUGGUGAGAGGAUCCAGGCAAAUACCUGGCAAGGCAAGAACCAGGUGAAAGUUGUGGAAAUGCCCAAGCCAAGAGUCAUCGACCUGGACGAUGUGAUUGUCCGGGUGACAGGAAGCACUAUCUGCGGAAGCGACCUCCACCUAUAUCAUGGCGUCAUCCCGCAACUUCAGAAGGGCGAUGUGCUCGGUCAUGAAUGCUGUGGAGUGGUGGAAAGUGUAGGCCCAGGGCCUAAAAAGAUCAAACAAGGGCAACGGGUGGUUGUUUCCUUUCCUAUUGCCUGCGGAAAGUGCAGGAACUGCCAGAGGGAGUUCUUCUCCCAGUGCAGCGAGACUAAUCAGAACACUCUCACGAAUGCCAUGUAUGGCAAGCGAACUGCUGGCAUAUUUGGAUAUUCUCAUUUCACCGGUGGCUUUGCUGGUGGCCAGGCUGAGUACCUUCGAGUUCCAUAUGGGGAUGUCAAUUUGCUUCCUAUCCCGGACGAUGUUCCCGAUGAGAAAGCGCUCUAUGUGUCGGAUGUCAUAGCAACAUCUUGGCACUGUGUGGUCGAUACUGGAGUCGAAAAGGGUGAUGUUGUUGCUAUCUGGGGCGGUGGGCCAAUCGGACAGAUGUGUGCGCAUUUCAGCUUCUAUCAUGGAGCCAGCCGUGUCAUUCUGAUUGAUGGAGGUAAUGCUGCAUGGCGGUUGGAUUUUGUCAAGCAAAAAUUGCCGAAGCUCGAGACAAUCAACUUUACCGAUCUACCCAGGGGCGAGUCGGUAACGUCGCAGCUGAAGAAGAUGGUCACCGGAGGCCCUGAUGUAGCUCUUGAGUGUGCUGCAGGAGAGUAUGCGAAAGGAUGGGUGCAUUACUUUGAGCAGAUGCUUGGAAUGGAGACUGACACUUCGGAACUGCUGAACGAGAUGAUUACUGCUGUUCGCCCAUUUGGACGGGUGGGCGUGACGGGGGUCUAUGCUGGAUACACUAAUCAUUUCAAUAUUGGCGCUUUGAUGCAGACUGGUGUUCAUCUUAUGGGCAACGGCCAGGCCCCCGUACAGAAGUACUGGAACCACCUCAUGCAUCUUAUACAGACGAACGAGAUCAAUCCGCUCGUCAUGGUAUCCCAUAGGUUCCGUCUUGAGGAUAUGGCGAAUGUAUAUGAAAUGUUCGACAAGCGAGAGGGUGGGAUUCAAAAGGUCUUCGUGCAGACCAAAUACUCUGGCCCUGCAGCAAAAGAAGCCCCCGCUUUAACCGAAUUGUGA